CUUCCGACCGUAAGUCGAUACAGAACAUAGACCGCACUUCCAAGAGUUUCAAUCAACAAUUCUGUCGACACCCGGCAACGAUUGCCCGUCGAGUUUAUAAGCUGCGAGAUCGUAACUGAAGAAAGUUCUCGCCCCACGAUGACCACAAAUGACACAAGUACACAAUGCCCCCCCGGAAUCGCAACGAUGCUCACGUUGAUAUCGAGGGAAGCGGUGUUCACGAUUUCCGCUACGGUCGUGGGUAUAUGCGACGGUGGCUCGCUCUUGUGCACCUCUCAGACCGGACUGGACAUCUUGGAUCAAGAAAUGAUCCAUCUUAAGCACGUUCGGCCAGUCAGACUCGACGUCACCAAGAUUGCAGCCGGUACCCCUAUUCUGCUGCAGAGCAACAAGCGGGCCGAAGUCGUGGACGUCGACAAGAAGAAGGUCUACCUUCACGAUGAAGGUCGUUUCGAGUUCCUGUCUGAUUGGAGUCACUAUUUUCUUCCGAAGACGUUGCUUGAGAUCCCCGCUCAGGUAUUCGAGGUCCAACUGAACGAUCCCCAUUAUUUGAACGUCGGGGAUGAGGUGAACCUCCUGGUAUUCGCGACAAAUGUCUCCAAAAAUGCUGGGAGAUGUGACAGCAUCGUCUACAGAGCAUCUCUUUUAGAGUACACGGAUUGAACAUCGAAGCGUGGAAGUCUCCGAGCAUCCGUAAAUUUUGUGUAUUUUCAUAAGGGCCUGAGAGAAGAGGUGAAAAGAUUGUGUCUCAUCGAAAAUCUAUCAGAGGGAUGAAUGUAUAAAAAGAGGGAG